AAUUAAAAAAUUAAAUAAGAAAAAACAAAAUUUCAUUAAAUAAUUAACUUUUCCUGCGACCAAAACAAACGCUGUCUUAAAAGAAUUCUUUCCUCGUCUUCAAAGGCCUGAAAUCAAGAUUAGUUGUGUUUUUUUUGCCACAAUCUCUCCAUUUGUUCAAAUGCGAGAAUGCCAACCGCAUCAGAAGCUCCCUACAAUUUUUCCUACCAAACUGAAGUCUUGAAAUCCGCAAUCCUCUCAAGGCUUCUCCUCUUAAUCCUAAUCCUCUUGUGGCGGACCCUUCUCACCCCCUACGACACCUCGGCGCCCCUCAAUCCCACAUGCCUCAACCACCCCUCUUCCUCUCCCCCUCCUCCUCUCCUCCCCUCCCUCGGCUCCGCCAUCGAAAACGGCGUCGUCUGGGACAGCGUUUACUUCCUUCGGAUCGCUCAGUGCGGGUAUGAAUACGAGCAGUCGUACGCGUUUCUCCCAUUAUUGCCGGCAUGCAUCUUUAUCUUAUCACGCACAGUUUUUGCGCCUUUGGUUUCGCUGAUUGGUGAUAGGGCAGUGUUGGCAUUGUCUGGUUAUGUUAUUUGCAAUGUUGCAUUUGUUUUAGCAGCUAUUUACUUUUACAGGCUUUCAGCUGUUGUUUUGAAGGACCCUAAUGCAGCAUUGCGGGCUUCUGUUUUAUUUUGCUUCAAUCCAGCGUCCAUAUUCUACUCAUCAAUAUAUUCAGAGAGCUUGUAUGCCCUAUUUUCAGUUGGUGGAUUGUACUAUUUAGAAUCUCGUGCAAAUAAUACUGCUUUGGUUUGGCUUGCCCUUUCUGGUUUUGCAAGAUCUAAUGGAGUGCUCAAUGCUGGUUAUUAUGGUUUUCAGACAAUGCAUCAGGCUUAUGAUGCUGCAUUCAUGAGAAAGCGUGCUCUUUUGGCAUUGCAGAUUCUUUUAAGUGGAGCACUGCGUUGUAUGUGCAUUUUUGUUCCUUUUAUUACUUUUCAAACAUAUGGCUACCACAAUAUAUGCCUUGGACGUUCUUCAGAUGAAAUGAGGCCUUGGUGUAAAGCAAGAAUACCUUUGUUAUACAAUUACAUUCAAAGUCAUUACUGGGGAGUGGGGUUCUUGAAAUACUUCCAAUUAAAACAAUUGCCAAACUUUCUACUGGCAUCUCCAAUAUUGUCUUUGGCAGUUUGCUCGAUUAUCUAUUAUGUGAAGUCACGACCUGAAAUAGUUUUAUCUUUGGGUUUUCAACCUUCACUUGAGGAAAAAAGUUCCACGGUUGUGAUAUUUUCUGAGGAUAAAUCAUCAAACAGCCCCCCAAUUUCAGAGAAAUAUACUUCUAGGAGGCAAGAAAACCAUAAUAUUAAAUUGAGGAAGAAAAUGAACCGAGGAGGGGAUCCUGCUGAGUGCAGAAUAGAUCAUGGAUCAGUAGAGAAGCUAGGAUACACGUCUGCUUCUAUUCUCCCAUAUAUCCUGCACUUAAGCUUCAUGGUAGCUACAGCAUUUUUUGUCAUGCAUGUCCAGGUAGCAACACGUUUAUUGUCAGCCAGUCCUUCUCUUUAUUGGUUUGCUUCAUUACUAAUGUAUUAUCCCAGUAUUAGUAAGAGAUGUGGAUAUAUGAUAUGGGCAUACUGUUCUGCGUACAUCCUCCUGGGUAGCUUGCUGUUUUCAAAUUUUUACCCUUUCACUUAAAAGUGGUGGUUCUUUAUCAUGCAAGCCAAUCUUGGCAAUGAGUUCUUUCAUGUCUUUAAUCUAUUCUGGAUAUUUUGAAGUUCUUCCCCACUUAAUCAUUUCUCCAUAUGCUUCAAGAAGGUAAUGAAUGAGACUGGAGGAAUCAGGAAUUUUGCAUGAGCUGCUCCUUGACAUGACAACUUGACAGUUUUAAGUAUUUAUAUCGUGUAAAAUAUUGAUAAUACGUGUAU